UAAAGCACAUCGAAACGAAUUCGAUUUUUUUAAAUGAAUUAAUCUACCAUAAUAGUCCAUUAAACCAUUACUGUUGAACACUUCAACAGUUUUCUUAUUACAAUACUUGGCAUAUACAAUAAGCAUUUGUUACCUUCUAUCCGUAUUCAUGAAACUUUUCACCAUUAUUUGUGUUUGCACGUGAACAAACUUUGUCUUGCAAAACCUAUACUCGUUCUUCAGUAAAGGGGUAGGGAAAAAUUUGUUUUACAUUCUCAACUUUCGCUAUUUCAAAAGUUUCGAGAGGAUAUACUAGCGUUCUAUAACCAUUCAAAUAUCGCCUGACCGCUUAUUCGAACAGAAAAACACUGCAUCGGUAUGGUUGCAUCCAUGAUUAAAAAUUCACGAAACUAAACGAUAAAAACUCCGUCAGCUACCACACAAUCCACGGCCAAGGUAAACGAAAUAGUCGUAAAAAAGGGAAACCCCAUUCUCGGCCUGCUUCCUCCAUUGUAACAAUGGAAUUUUUGCAAAAGUUUCCCCCGAACCGAUCGUGCAUCAGUGUACGGAAAUAACGGCCAAACUAUUACGCCAUGUCCGGGGUAUGCCGAUCAACAUGAAGACGACAACCAAGACGACGACGUAAUAGGUUAAAUGUCUAGCGUACAUUUGUUAACAUCAAUUUAUGUCUCUUCGUCCACAACAAGACAAACGGUGCGGGUAUGUCCUGUCUAUUGUUUCUGGCUUGCAAUGAUGACGCUGAACGUCAUUGAACAUCAGGAAUCUAAAGGAACAUAAGCAAAACUAAAUUCGUUGUUUUGCUGACAUUUAUAGGGCAUUCGUACAAGUUGACCUUGAUUACAUGUUUUACGGAUAAAUAUAUCACAUUUUUUAACAUUAUUUUUAUCUGCUUCCCAUUUUCAAAUGGAGCUUGCUUUUAUAAAUAAAAUAACAUGGCAAUCAACAGAGAACCUAAUCAACGCUGUUAAGUUGCAUCACAUGUGUGGUCCCUACGGUGAAAACAAAUCUCUAUAACUAAUGAACCCCCCGCUUUGUUCGGUUUCAUGUAAGGGAAUGCUUCAUCCAUACGUGUAUUGCGGUCAAACCAACACUCUUUUCUACCGUGUAGUGAUGGUAGAAAUAUAAACGGGGGUAAAUCAUCAUUGGUUUUUUCUUUAUCGCACUUUCUCUACCCAUCGUGCACCCAAUUAUUUUCCACUUUUGAACACCACCAGACGAUCGCAAUCCGUGGUAUAUGGUGGUGAUGAUUUAUUACAAACCAUCAAACUGUGACACAAUUUCUACCUUCUGCUUACACUUAAAUAGCGAUAGCAAGGAUAUAAGUUGGUUACUUUUGCUUUCGCCAAUCGUUAAGGGUGCUCUGGAAGUAAAUUAGUACCACAAAACAGGAACAAUGUAACCGAAUUCUUCAGUAGAUUUAUUAAUGAAAAUUGUUUUUUUUAUUGUUCAAGGAAACAUAAGAAAAAUUAUCCAUUGUAAAGAUAUUAUCUAUAGACAAGUAUUCUCAAAGUUUCCUGAAAGUGGCUACACCAGCUGUUACCAGUGUGAUACCAGCUGUUGGAUGGAAUUUUUUUCAAAAUUUGUUUGAGAUAAAAUACAAUAAAAUCACACAAGAAUGAAGAGUAAAAAUAAAUAAAUAAAAACAUACUUUCAUAUCAUAUCAUCAUGUAUUUUCUUGCAUACUCUAGAGUUACUAAGAUAAUUGAUGUCAUUUCUUGUAUAAAUAUCGAAAUCACAUGCAUGUCACGACGAGAGUAAGCAAAAGCGAAAAAAUAAUGUUGAUUCAUACGUCUGUCUGUAUGUUGCAGUAAAUGAUGCGUGUAAAUUAAACAAAAUUUCUGUUACUUUUCGCAAAACAUUCAUCUUUGACCUCAUAGAAAACGUUAGCCAGCAACUUUCAUUCUCUUUCACCAAAGAGCUAUUAAUUGCGUCACGUUCGGUUGCGAAACGUUUUCGUUCCCGUGUGUACAUGUCUCCCGUUGUACCUUUUUUUCCGCGUGCUUAAUGCUUAAUUAAAGUCCAUUUGUAAGACCACAUAGUAGAAGAGCAGCUACAUUCUGCCAUAUCUGCUGAUUUGCUCCCGUUUCCACAGACGUUUCUAUACUACUACUGUAGGCCGUUUCUGAGUAUAAGUGUAUGGAGACGCUACCGAUCCUAUUAACCACAAACCUGCGAGCACACACACACACACCCAAACUGGAAACCAAAACGUUGGUGUUUUACGAACUCCCGACAACGGCGUUCGGACAUUAUGUGCCUAAUCGUGUGUCUAAGAGCCCCGUUCCUCCGUACAAUCUCUUUUCUACCCCUUUUUUUUCGUUUUUACCACCAAAAAAUCACCACUCCGGGGGUUUGGUUUUGGGCUUACCCAAUGACUCGAACGUUCACUCGGUCGCAUAUAAGACACGCUCACUCCAUCAGCUCGCAAUCGUUGGAUGGGAAAAUAUAGGUCUAUCACGAGAGCAGUGAAGCGAGAAAUACGAAGCCCUGCUGCCUGUAUGUGUUUGUAGUGGAACGAACGCGUACCCCCGCCGAUGUUAAAUUGCUUCUAGGGAAUCAACAUGUCACGGGUAGUAGUACACCUGCUUGACUUUCGGAACAGUUUUGCGAUUCCGCUAAUUUCGUCAACAGCUCUUGAAGGCGAAACGUACACCAAAUAGCUUAUGACUGCCAGCAACACCACCGAAAAUCAGGCCUGUGUAAGACAGAUUCAUGAACACCGUUUAAUGUUGGACAUAACCCUUGGAGGAGCUUAUUUUCUUCAAUGGUUUUAAAACCGACUUACAGGAAAAGCUUUGGAAUUAAUCCUCAAAAUUUAUAAAAUAUUGGAAAUGUUUAAAACUAAAAAAAUGUGUGUAAUAUACUGAUUAAUACAGGUAGAAUGGUAAAAUUAGUGAUUAACAGGACAGGUCAAACAGUAUCGUCGGCAAUGCACAAAAAAGUAGAAUUUAUUUUCGAAUCUAUUAUAGACUUAAUCGUGCCCUUAAUACUUGGGACACAGGGACUCAUAUCUUACCUUGUUUAUGUUGAAGUUUGACUAAAUGAAUGAGCAGGAUAAGAACAUAAACGUGUCGUUUGCAUCACCUAAAUUUUAACAUAAAUAUUAUAAAAUUGAAAACAAAGAGAAGAGUACUAAAUUUAAAUCAAUGAAGAGAUAAUGUUAUGCAAUUUCAAAGAUAUGGAAAGACAAUUAUAAAUAUGGAUUCAUGGAUAUGAAAGAUCUUCGUUUGUUAAUGUAUGGCCGGACAGCAGGUAGAAGCACAAUUCUUACGACUGUUUCGGUACCUAAUCCCUUCUCGGUCAUUACCAGAACUUCAUGUUUCAAGUUAAUAAAAGUCCAGGAAAUUGAAGAACGGCACGUCAAGAUAUCGGAUGCUGAAAUGCCACAAACAAUAAGAAGUGCUUUCCUGCGGAGUUAUUGUUGUAGAAAGAAAAAUUUACAAUUUAUAACCUUUUUUCAUUUAUAGUUAGAGUUUUUAAAUAUUUAUUAUAUCUUAAGGACUUCAACAACAAAUCGAGAUUAAAUUAAAAGUAAUCAAAAAAUAUUUCUAAAUUUAACAUAACUUUUAAAAACACACCUCACUUAAGGGUUAAGUGAAAACUCUAGAACCCACACAGAAGGAGAGCAACAAUGAAAGGGAAACGACAUGGCACGAUAUAAUUACAUGAUUGCCUUGUAACACCAGCCUGCUACAGGAUUAGCCGUACACUUCAACACUGAAACAACCUAGCCAUACACACACCGAACGUUUCACCCAGACGCCAGACGUUACCAAACAAGCAGAGACCCGAACAUUGAGGCUUAAAAUAGACCUCCCUUGCAACAGGAUAGUGGAAACAAACGGUUCCACUAGGACCGCACACAAGAAAAAAAAUAAUUCAAACCAUCCAACACCAUCACACAGGUAAACUGCGAACACUAAUACCAUGUUGAUGACCAACGAGUUUUUUUCACCCCCGCUUGAAGACCCCACGUUUAGCUGAAGGUCUGGAGUCGUUCAAAGUCUUUGGAAAACUUUUCCAACUGACCCCUCGGGAAUGGUAGUGAACCUAAGCGAAACACGCAAAGCAUUCUUUGAAAGAAACCCCUAUUUUAGUAGCCUUUGGACUCCACCGAGGUCUGGACGUUGGUCAGUUUUGUUGUGACCGCCAGGCGCGACGGUAGUAAGUGAUUCCAGAGUACAAAGACCUCCGACAACGCGAAGUUAAAAAGUACUUUUGGCAGUGAUCCUAUUUGAUAAAGUGUAAUUUCAGUUAAAUGUAAUAGUGUGCAUUGAAUGAUUCAAGUCUAUUGAAUUAAUCGUUUUCGACUAGAAGGUGCUUGGACAAAAGUAUGUGACUAAUAGUGUUUCUUGUAACUUUUGCUUUUUUGUGAUCCCUAAUCGAAAAUUUUUUUCAAAGUUUUUCAUACAAUUGAUCUUUUUUCAACAAAGUCAAACACAAGUCAAACGAACAGAACCAACAGGAAAGGAAAACUUUUCGGCCACGUGUUUCUCCAUCUUCGAAAGCUGUCCAGACAGAUUGCGUUCGUAUAACAGUGUUAGAACCGUGCAAAAUCGUGAAGCGUAGCUUUUAAUGAUCCCGUAAGAAGGGUAACGUACUGAACGACCCGACAAACUAAACCCUUGGCCCUCGAAGAGUUUCUUAACGGUUACUUAGUGGCAUAUGUGCAGUGGUAUCAAUUAGAAGAUCUCAGUCUAGCGAAACUUUAUCCGAAUGAGAAAUUGAAAUCAUUUCCAAAAACAAACACACAAACUCUAGCGGUACACCAUUUUCGGAUGCAACUUUUCUCAGCGGUGCAGCUGAGAAAAUCAAUCUACUAGCAGCAGCUCGCAAACAUUCUGCCAUUGGGGCCAGUGGGCCAGUAAUUGAAGACAAUUAGUUAAGUCAACGGCUUCGCAAUCGCCUUCGUUAUCCGUUUGUCCGUGUUGUGAGCUGUGCUGAAAAGGGGCAAAGUUUCACCCCAGUUCAAAAGUGAAGUGCAAUUUAUCAGUGGUCCCUAUCGUCCCAUAUACACGGGUGUACGGGUAAACACGAUAGAAGUCUCUACGUACUACGUGAUCUUUACGAAGCAUAACGUUUGGCAACGAAACGAUGGGUUGUGCAAGCAGUUCCCCGUUAAUCAAUGGUGGUGGUCCCGGUGGUGUCAUCGAGACAGCCAAAGAAGCAGCCAGCAAAACCGCCAACGAUGUGCUCCAUGCCGGUGAAGCGGCAAUCAAUGACGUCGGUGAACACAUGAAGGAAGCGGUCCAUAACGUUACGCACGAGAUCGAGAACGUGCUCGGUGGCAAAAAAGAUAAAUCCGAUCACGUCAAUGAAGACGACCAGCCCGCAGCGAAUGGACACGAUGAUCCGGACAACCCGGACUAUCAGAUCAUUCGGCUGAAGGGCUCCAAGCAGAACAGUGUGGAAGAGACGGAAAAGAUGGAAAACAUGAAAAAUGAUCUGCUUACCAAGGCGCAAAGCUUCGGUGACGACACGGACCGGAUGGCGGACGAUCUGAUGAAGGAAACCGAAGACCUGAUGCGGGACGCUGAGACCGGUAUCGCUCACCACGAGAUGACAACACGCAUCACCUCCUCUGAGGACGGUACGAUCGAGAUCCUUAAUCUGGAAGGUAAUGCACCCAACUCUCCGAACCAUUCGAUUGACAGUUUAAAAACUACUUCACCAGAGCCCGAGAUCGAACGGAUACUGGCCGGUGCUGGGGCGGACGAUGGUACCACACCCGAUUCUCCCAAGGCAACGCUCAACACACUGUCCGUUCCCGCCAACAAGGACGAAGCGAUGGACUCGAUGCCACAAACUACGGACAAGCCGGACGUGUGAGUACGGUAGUGCCAUCGCAUCGGUUAACAACCCCUCAUACAUAACCACCAACCUUAUCUCCGUGCCCUUUCAUGCCCAACAUUCUAAACUCCUUUCCACAUGACCACCAUUUUGGACAUCACCCUAAAUUUUGUACAUCACCUAACUGCAAACCAUCUUCUCUCAUUUUAUCACUUAAGCAGCAAAUUUAUAACAACCAACCAACAUUCAAUGAACAUUAUGUACAUUUUAGAACAUUUUCUGACAUAAUUGGAACAUCUGUGAGUUUGUAAUUUCAGUUACUUAGAUGUACACGAUGUACCGGGACAUUUUCAACCAAAAACCAUCCAUAUCGAUGUAAUAUUGCAUUACUUUUGUUAUACUACCACCCAUUGUCAUUAUCAGACAACAAAACUUUUACCACUGUUAUUGUAAAUAACCUUUUUUCGAUGUAAGUAAUUGUAAAAAGAAACGUUUGAAAAUAAAUAAAUGUAUCAUUACUUUAGAAAUAAAUAUCUUUCUUGUGCGCAUGCUGUGUAAAGAAGGUAUGACAUGGAUGACUGUAAAGUUGGAAAAAAAUAUACUUUUUUUAUUUCGUUUAGAUUAUUCUUUUUGUUCUAGUGUUGUUGUUGAGGUAUAAUAAUAAAUUUAAAAAAUAACAGGAAUAUUGUUGGUAAGUUGUAUUUUCAAAAACUUGUACAGGAAGGAUUUUUUUAAUAUCUUCGUCAUUCUUUACACUUUUUAACGUUAAUAAAGGGGUUUUUUUAAACAACCAUUUAAUAAAUAACUAAUAUCUGUAUUUAAUUAGCUCUCAGAGAGUUGCGAUGAGCUUUUAGCCUUCGUCACAAUAAAAGUCACGGAUCAAUGUUCUUUACCAUAAGACAUUCUUUAAAUGAAGGUACCAAAAUUCAAAUAGUUAAUAUGUUUGUAUAAAUAAGCUACGGUAAUAAUUUGAAUUAUAAAAAUAUGUUAUGUACAAAUAGUUUAAAACCUCGUAUAAACAAACAUUUGUUGUACAAAUAUUGCUUAAACAAAAGAUAAUACAUUGUAAUUAAAUCAUGAUACCAUGUCAUUAGUUAUUAUAAGCAUUUAUUAAUUAAGGAUUUAUUUAGGUACAGUUUAAUAAACACAAAACAAUCAAUGACAGAGAAUAAGAAAGAUGUAACAAUCGUUGCAAGUUUAUUCGAAACUAACAACAACGAAUUGUUGAAACAAUUCGGAUUAAAAUUCAAUGUAAUAAUAUUUGAAUUGUAAAUGGAACAUAUAAGUCGAGAAACUCGAAAAAAGGAAUUAGACUCAUUAUAUAAUUUAGAGCAAUUUUAUAAAAAUGACGUUUUUCCAUCGGAAUCUAGAAAUUGUAAAAUAUUACGAAAGCUGAUACUUAAAUGUAGUAUUGUGUGAAUAUUUGUGUAAAAUUCCAAAUCACUCAGUUUAUAUGUCUUCGAGAAAUUAUUGCAAAACUUUUUAUAAGUAAAUAAAAAUUUUAAGAUAGAGAAUUUGCGUUUUCGUGUGACGACGAGUUUACUCAUUGUGCUGUAAUUUAGCUAUUCGUAUAUUAAGAUGAAAUUUUGAUGAAGAUGCAGAAUAUUCCAGUAACCUCAAAUUAAAAAGACAAAUUUUUUGUCGUUGAUUGACGAUUUAAUUGAUUUAAUUGACGUUAAACGUUAAAUAUUACAAAAAAGGUAAAACAAAAUUCUCAUUGAAUACUGAAUUUAAAGCACAUGAAAGUUUUCUCUAAAAGAGAAAUAACUGUACAAAAAAGAGGUUAUUACGCGAGGAACAGUAUAUUAAUUAUGGCAGUUAAAUGAAGAAAUUUUGUUUCAAAAAUAAUUUUUUCUACUGCAAACUAGUUUAUUAAAGUGAUAAGUCCUGGCCGUUCUUAAAUAAUAAAAAUAGAUUACAUAACGAAGCAAAGAGUGCAUUGUGACCCCAUGCACCAUGUGAAAAAUACAUGUACAUAUUU